GCAUACACACAUCAUGUUAUCAGCAAUCAUUCAUAUGAAUUAUGAAGCACAUAACUUUUAGAUAAAGCCUCUAUAAAAAUUAUCAAUUUGGUUUGUGUUAAAACGAGCUCUAACCAGAAUGGGUUCCGGUUGGAAUGAGCCGUCUAAAAAAACUGAGCUUGACCGUAAUGAGCCUAUAUGCAAAUUCUUUUUUAACCUAAAUCAACACAGUUUUUGGAUAACUGGUCGCGAUUGUUAACUGUCGUCCCUAAAUCAACACAGUUUUUGAAUACUUGGCCACGAUUGUUGACUUGUCAUCCCUACAUACACUGUAGCCGCCUGUUAGCCAACCCGAUAUGAUUGACACCAUGUUACUUGUUUAAUUUUUAUAUAUCAUAAAUCUCUAUAAAUCAUGAGAUAUUUCGAUUUUAUUACCAAGUUGUGAGCUUUAUCUUCCAUGAAACCUUUUUUUUCAAGAUAAGAGUUAUAUAAGUGAUAAAAAUGUGGCCAAAGUUGGAGAAAACAGCGAGUCCACAAGAGGAGAAUUCCGAAAACACCCCUGACCCGACAAUGAUAUCUUCGGUUGAUACCAAAUACUGUACAAGGAAGAGAUCUGAUGAAGCUGGUUUUGUGGACAAUGCAAAGGAAAACAUGAAGUCUUUUAUUCAUGCCUCUUUUGAUGAACACAAGACAUGCUUCAAGGCAACUUGGCACAAGAUGACUGAAAUAUUCCAAGAAGAAAAAUCUGCAGGACUAGAAGCGCAAAACCCUCAGGCGAAGAACUAAGAACUAAUCAUUUGGGUAUGUUUUAUCGUUCAUUUUGUAUUUCGGUUACUUUUCUGUCAAAUGGUUGAUGAUCAAAACUGGUAUUUGGUAAAGACAAUUAUAGUUACACUUUCGUUCGUCAAAAUAAAUGUUAUUGGGUAAUUUUCAA